AUGGACGCUGAAGCGGAGAGCAGGCUGUCCAUGAUGGAAUCUGGUGAGGAGAGAUCCAAGGUGACGCUCGAAGCAAGGCCGGCAACAGCGUCUGCCACCACGACCAGCACCCCUUCCUCGCCGUCCUCGUCGACCGACCGCUGUGUAAUCUGCCUCGAUACCAUCGCCGAACACUGUGUCGCGCAGCCCUGCGGUCACCGCGACUAUGACUUUCUCUGCCUCGUCAGCUGGCUGCUACAGCACAAACCGUCUUGCCCUCUAUGUAAGGCUGCUGUGGACGCUGUGCAGUAUGGAGAUGACUUCACCAAGACUUUCUCUGUGCCAAAGAAGGCCGAGAGCAGUUCGGGGGCAGAGGCGGCAGCCUCGGAGUCGGUCUCGACCCAAGCACCCUUGUCCUUGUCGGCGGACUCCCGACCACCGCGAACACGACCUCGUCGCCGUCCUGCACCCGCUACGUCAUCCUCCUCGUCCUAUAUCUCUUCUCCGUCCCCGGAAGCCGCCCUCGAGCGCCGCCGUCAUGUCUACCGUCUCGGCCUCUACGCCCGACACGUCGGCGCCAACCGCCACUCGCGGUACUACCGCGAGCUCACGCCGCAGCUGUUUGCGCAGGACCCGGACCUCGUGUCGCGUGCGCGCGCCUUUUUGCGCCGCGAGCUGCAGGUGUUCUGGGCGGACUGGGGGGCGCAAGGCCAACGCGACGAGCGACCCCACGCUCCAUCCUCCCGAUCCUCCCGAUCCUCCUGCCGCACAAACAACGUCGAGUUCCUCCUCGAGUAUAUUGUGGCCAUCCUGCAGAGUAUCGAUCUGCAGGACAGCGCCGGCCAGGCCGAGGAGCUGCUGCAGGGCUUCUUCCGCAGCCGCCGCGAUCAUACGCGCCACUUCUUGCACGAGCUGCGCAGCUUCUUGCGGAGCCCCUAUCUGACGCUCGCGAACUGGGACCGGCACGUACAAUACAGUCCACUGGCACGGCUCCCUGUACUAGGAACAAGAGACGACAACGAGGAGGAGGGCGGCGAAGCAACAACUACGGAAGACAACAAGCAUGUUGCACGGCCCACGCUGCGGGGUGACUAUUGGCGGCCGCCGUCGCGACGACGCCGAAGCGGUAACAGCAGGGCUACCGGUGUCACGUCCAGAGCAUCGCGGCAGCGUCUUGAAGAAGCCUGCCGUCGCUACGAUCCGAGUUAA